AUGCCUCGACCUUUGGAAGAAUUCUCCAAUUGCCCUGCAGCUUGCAAAUCCACCGCAACCCCAAUAGCACCCCCUCUGGCCUUCGUCAAUCCUCUAGUCGAAGCAUCUACUCCGAUCGAAGAAGCACCUGCAGUCGAAGACCAGGCCUUUCCGGAAGCUCCCCAAGCCUCUCAAAGCAUACAGGCAUACGUGGACUGCUUGGUCCUAGCAUUUAACUAUUUCGAGGGAGGCGAAGAACCACUUCCAGUUGAAGAGGACUCCCAGGACUCUGAAAUCAAUGAUUCCGAAGACUUUGACACGGUCGCUCUCCUAGCAGCAUACGAAGCAUACAUACAGCAAAUCGAGGACCGCCACACCAUCCUUGCUGCAACACAAACAGUUGUACCAGUAAUCGCAAGCAGAGCUAGCUCUCAACCACGCAUAUCCAGCCUUGAGGUAGCCAGCUCCACCUUGCAAGAAGAGCAAGAAUGCAAAAUCUCCAAACUCCCAGCUCCGGAUCGACCCCCCUUUGAAUAUACUGGUAAUCCUGAAGAAAGUGACGCCGAAAGCGACACAACUAUCCACGAUGAAUCCGAUACCCCCCAAUCAGCAAAAGCUCGUUCCAAGGCUCCUGCGACCCCUCAAAAGGCUCAAAAGGCUUCAGCCGAUUCACCAAUCAUGCCACCACGCAGGGGAUAUAACGGCGGUCCUUUCUAA